AUGAAUUCUUUCUCGAGGGCUACAUUAAGGACAGCAAGGCCGAUCCCUGUCAAACCGAAUACUACUCAAUAUAGUGUUGUGGCAUCCCGACUUCGCUUGGCCCCGCACCAAUUUUGCAGAGCGUCGAGUUCGUCAGAACACCAAAGGGAGUCCAAUACAGGGAAAAGUGCUAUUGUGACCGGCUCAAGCCGAGGUAUUGGCAAGAGUAUUGCUCUGCGGCUAGCCACCGACGGGUAUGAUGUUUGUAUCAAUGAUAUUGGUGCGAACGCCGAAGGUUGUAUGGAAGUUGUCGAGGAGAUUCGUGCAAUUGGAAGGAAAUCAUGCUUUGCAAUCGCAGACGUGUCCAAACGAGGCGAAGUCGCAAACAUGAUCCAGACCAGCGUUAAAGAACUAGGGCCCUUAUCAACGAUGGUCGCAAAUGCAGGCAUUGCACAAGUGAAAGCGCUGCUAGAUCUCACCGAGCAGGAUUUUGAACACAUGCUCGCCGUGAAUGUUACGGGCUUACAUAAUUGUUAUGCCGAAGCGGCAAAACAGAUGAUAAGUCAGCAUGAUCGUACCCCAGAUAACCCAGGCAAGCUCAUCGGGGCGGCUUCUAUUGUUGCAUUUAAGCCUUUCGCCUUGCUCUCUCACUACAGUGCAAAGCAUAACAUCACUGUUAAUGCAUAUGCGCCAGGGAUCGUCGGAACAGCCAUGUGGGAGAUCAUUGAUUCAGAGCUGGCAAAGAAGAAGGGGCAGCCAAAGGGCUCAAUGAUCAAGAAAUAUGUACAUGACUCCACGGCUCUGGGUCGCGUGAGUGUCCCCGAGGAUGUUUCAAAGUUGGUCAGCUUUCUAGCAAGCAGUGACAGCAAUUUCGUCACCGGCCAAACCCAGGUGGUUGAUGGAGGCAUUAUUUAUACUUGA